UGCGGUGGCUCAGAGCUGAGCCGAGCCCAGAUCCCAGCACCAGCCUCCGCCGCCAGCCCGGACCAUGAGCCGCCCCGAGAGCUUCGCCCCCGGCAGCGCCCUGCUGCUGCUGCUGCUGCUAGCGGCCUGCCCCGCGUUGUGCCGGGGUGCCCCCAUGGACGGCGAGCUGCGGUGCCAGUGCCUGCAGACCGAGGCCGCGGUGAUCCCCCCCAAGCGCAUCGCCCACAUGGAGCUGAUCCCCGAGGGGCACCACUGCGGGGUGCCAGAAGUCAUAGCCACCACGAAGAAUGGCAAGAAAGUCUGUCUGGAUCCCACCGCGCCCUGGGUCAAGCUGAUCGUCACCAAGAUCCAGAACAGUAUUGCACCUGUGGACCAACCUGCCCUGACAGACCCCGUCAUUCCUCUGGACCCAAAAUAAGGAUUUAACUUACCCGUUGCAAGAGGAGAAUUUUGAGGGAUAGCACCUGUGUAUUAGCAAACAUGUUAACCUGG